AUGUCUCUCUCCCCAUGCCGAGCCCAGAGGGGCUUCAGUUCUCGCUCAGCCUGUUCUGCUCACUCAGGGGGCCGGAACUGGGGCAGCUUCAGUAGCAGGAGCCUUAGUCCCUUUGGGAGGUCCCGAGGGGCCUCCAGAGGGAGCAUCUGGGGGUCAGGAAGAAGGCUCGGGAUGCAGUUUGGAGAGGGGAAAGGUGGUCCUGGCCUUUCCCUGUGCCCUCCGGGGGGCAUCCAAGAAGUGACCAUCAACCAAAACCUGCUGACACCGUUGAAGAUUGAGAUUGACCCCCAAUUCCAGGUGGUACGGACCCAGGAGACCCAAGAAAUCAGAACCCUCAACAACCAGUUUGCUUCCUUCAUUGACAAGGUGCGGUUCCUGGAGCAGCAGAACAAGGUGCUAGAGACCAAGUGGCACUUGCUCCAACAGCAAGGAGGGCAUGUCAGCCCCCAAGGCCUGGACCCUUUCUUUGAGGACUUCCUGGCCCAUCUCAGGAAGCAGCUGGAAAUGCUCCAGAGAGAACGAGGGUCUCUGGACGCUGAGCUGAAAACCUGUCAGGACCAGGAGGAGGAGUUCAAGGCCAAGUAUGAACGAGAGGCUCACACACGGGCCACGGUUGAGAAUGACUUUGUGGUCCUCAAAAAGGAUGUGGAUGCCGUCUUCCUGAGCAAGAUGGAGUUGGAAAGCAGGAUGGAGGCUCUGCGAGAGUACAUCUGCUUCUUGAAGCGUCUGUAUCAAGAAGAGCUGAGCCAAUUCCAGACCCAGGUCAGUGACACAUCUGUGGUGUUAUCCAUGGACAACAACCGCUGCCUGGACUUCAGUGACAUCAUCGCCGAGGUCCGAGCCCGGUAUGAGGAGAUCACUCAGACCAGCAAAGCUGAGGCCGAGGCUCUGUACCAGACCAAGUACCACAAGCUUCAGGAGUCUGUCCAGCUUCAUGGAGACAGCAUGAAGGAAACCAAAGCCCAGAUCUCCCAGCUGAACCAUGAGAUUGAGAGACUGCAGGGUCAGAUUGGGAACCUGAAGAAGCAGAAUGCCACCCUGCAGUCGGCCAUUGCUGAUGUGGAGCAGCACGGGGAGCUGGCUCUCAAGGACGCUCAGGCCAAGCUGGAGGAGCUGGAGGCUGCUCUGAGGAAGGCCAAGCAGGACCUGGCCCGCCUGCUGCGGGACUAUCAAGAGCUGAUGAGCACGAAGCUGUGUCUGGACGCGGAGAUCGCCACCUAUCGGAGACUGCUGGAGGGCGAGGAGUACAGGAUGUCCGGGGAGUGCCCUAGCCAGGUGACAAUCUCUUCGGUGGGAGGCAGCACCGUGGUAUCUGGAGGAGUCGGUGGAGACCUGGCUGGCACCUGUGGACUUGGAGGCAGCCAAAGCUGCUUUGGGUUCGGCUGCUCUAGCGUUGUGACUGGAGGCUCCAGUGCCGUCUUGAACUCUGGGAAGGGCGCGGUGGGCAAGGGCGCGGUGGUGGGCUCCAGCUCGGAGUCUAGUUCUGGCUCUCGCUCCAGCUCCAGCACCAUCCUGAUGAAGACAGUUGAGUCUACUUUGAAGACAUCCAUCACAUACUGA